CCUUCGACAAUUUCCCAAUUAAUAUUUCCUACAAAUUAUUACUUGGCCGAAGCCACCCAAAAAAGAAAAAUAAAGCAAAAGAAUCCGAGGGGAGAUUGAAAAGGUCGCGACGGAAAAGAGACAGAGGAUUAAUCGCUGCUUUUCUUCUUAAGAUCGUAAAUUUUGCAUCCUUCUCCGGUAGAAGGUUUUCGAAACUCCAAUUCAUCAUGAGAUUUAAAAAAGGGAACAAGAUAGAAGUAUUGAACAAGACCGACGUGCCGUCAGGCUCCUGGAGGACUGCCGAGAUAGUGUCGGGUAAUGGGCAUACGUACUUUGUUAGAUACGAUCAACAUUAUCCGCAAAGUGGGGCAGAUGUAGAAAGAGUGUCUAGAAAGGACAUUAGACCUUGUCCUCCUCCAGUAGAAGGCCCAAUUCAUUGGGUUUCUGGUGACAUUCUUGAGGCCUUUGACAACAGAUCGUGGAAGCUUGCAGAAGUGUCGAGUGUGGUUGAUAGGCAUUACUGUUUUGUUAGGCUUCUUGGGUACUCUAGAGUUUUCAGAACCCACUUUUCCAACCUCAGAUUGCGGCAACUAUGGCAGGACGACAAAUGGGUUGUGAUUCGGAAGGAUUCUAUCAAGCGUACUGGGGAAGGAUGGAAAUGCCAUGAAUUAAUGGACUGUUGUGUAGGGGACAGUCAAAUUCCAUCCAUGAGCAAUAAUGUUCUUGAAGGAACUUCUGGGCAUUUAUCUAGAGGAAGGAAGAGAAAGUCAGUUGUUUUAUCACGUCCUGUUAAAGCAUCUAAUGAAGUAUGCAAAAAGCUGCGAGAAAUUGAGAAAGAGGGAACGCAGUACCAAAUGGUUGCAAAUUGCUCACCAUAUUUGGCGGAAAUGGUAGAUGUGUUUGUUUCACCAACAACAUCAUUGGGUAAAGAAAAGGUGCAUUCAUCUUUAGACAGAAGAAAAACUGGCAGAAGAACAAAUGUUGAUUAUGACUAUCAUCUUGCAGCAGGUUCGCUACCUAUUGAUGCGGAGAGCACCUCAUCUUCUGUUGGUAGUUGUAGUGUUAGCGCUAGUCCCUGCAGAUCUGCACAGUAUCCUCUAGCCGAUCAUCGUCAAAACUUUUGUAGUAACUUUGGUGAUGAAGAUGAAACUUCCUGUGAGUUAGCAAGGGAACCUUCUAUCUCUAUGGAACAGGAGUUGAAAGAAGAAACUCAUUUGCUAGAGCUGCAUGCCUACCGUUCCACUAUGAUGGCAUUGUAUGCUUCUGGACCCAUUAGCUGGGAACAGGAAGUGCUGAUGACGAAUCUGCGGCUUGAGCUAAACAUUUCCAAUGAUGAACAUUUACUGGAGCUAAAGAACUUAGUGUAUUCUAAAAGUCCUUCAGAUUAAGCAGGAGCCAUUUUUAGGUCAUUGCUGGAUAUUCUUAUAUGCCAGGCCAAAGUUGGAGGCCUUUAAAGCACACUUCAUAGAUCUGUGCUAAUGGUCAUUGUCACAUUUCUUUGUACUUCAAACACUGGCGACUUUCCAUCUGAUAUUUCAAAUAAGCCAAUAAGUGAUGACCAACUGGUCAUGUGAAUUAUGUCAUUGCUGAUAGCUGAAUUGGGAUGACACAAUUUGAGGUAUCUAAAUUUUGAUAAUUAGCCUGAAAAGAGACUUUUGACUGUUACAUUACUUGCAUUGGUCUUUGAUAAAAAUGAUUAAAUUAAGCUUUCUGAUGGCUAAUUACUCCUCUUCAGUGACCGGAGGAUUGUAAAAUUAAUUGUUACUAGUAACCUAAUUAAAAUUCUUAAAGAUACUCUUCCUGUAAGUUGCAGACUAUUGAGUAGAAUUUUUCCAUUGAGAAACUUUUCUGCUUGGUUCAAUGUGUCUAAAAUAAUUAAUGAGCAAUAUUCAGGUGGGGUUGAUGAAUUUGUAAGAAGCCUCCAAUGCAGAUAUCAACGUGUGAGAACUGCCUUCCAAAUAUCUCAAGUGGGUGCAGUGGUCAGACUUUCUGAGAGUAUUCAGAUAAUGCAUCAGCAGAGCCCAACACCCAAUGCUGGUACCAAGAAACAACGUUGUGGUUUUGCUGUGCCUUAAUAGUCCAGUUGAGUUAAUAUCCUGGUGGGCCCAAACAUGGGCCAAAAUUAAUUCCUCAUCAGCAUUAUGCCUUCGCUGUUGCUGAUAUUGUAGGCUUGAAGUUGAAUAUGCAAUAGGCAUUUAUUGACCACCAGGGUUCCCCACAUGUAUCUUGUGUUUAUCUAUUCAUAAAUCAUUAGAGCAAUAUAUUCAUGGAUAUGGUAUUGCACACAUGUCCUCUCUUCUUCAUGUGCUUUGGAACUGCUCUUAACCUUCUAUGCUCUAAUUUAUUCCUUUCGCCCAUUCAUUGAAAGGAGCACUAUGCUAUUCGGUUAUCCUUGUCAUUCUUUUCUCUUUUUUCAUUAGGUUCUAAAUGUUUAACAUUCUCUUGCAAGAGUUCUCUGUGGUUGGCGGAGACAGGCGGUAAUAAAAAGAGGAGGUGCGUUGUACAUCUUCCUAUGCUUGGUGUUUGGCCCACCAUAUUGGUUCACUCAUUCCUUUGUGCAGAUUGAAUAUAAUCAUGUGACGAGUAGAACCGAAUCACGUGCCAGGCAUGUGAUGGGUAGGAUACGUGGAUGCAUUUUAUGAUUAGCAUCUCCACCGGGAUACUUGACCUUUCCACUGGACUGAUGGACUCAAACAUCAGCUGUUAGGUUAGUUAAUUAAGGUACUAGCUAUAUAAUUUUGCUGUUUUUUAAUUAUUGUUGUAUGAAGCUUUAAUUAUAUUAUUGUAUGGAGCUACCACAAAUCAUCAGUCGGAAAUGCAUUCUCUCUCUAUCUUUA